AUGAACAUUCAUCGCCGUCGCGUCACGGACGGGCAUUCCUUGAUGAGCUCGGCCGACGAAGACAACAACGUUCACGACGACGACGACGAUACUACUGGAUAUACGGACGAUCCGGGCGACGAAGACUCCGUGUCACCGCGUGCGACACAGCGACGGAAUCACGGAGGACACAUCCAACGCACGUUCUCGUCCGACGACGCCGAAGGCUUCGACAUGGGUGUCCAGCGUUCCCGCAGUCGACUAGGACUCACGUUGCGGGCCCGCAAUCGCGGGCGCAGCAACAGCAACGAAAGUAUCGAUCGCCUUUCGCGUAUCGACGGUACCGAACGCCGCGGCGGUUCCCGACGUCUCAAGAAGAAAAAUUCGGGAUCGGCGGGCACGGGAUUGGGCGCGUCCUUUCAUACGGGAGUGCCUUCUCCCCGACACGGAGGAGCCUCCUGGAUCAAGUCGGCUUGGGUACGGACGACAGCCGUGACCGUGGUGGUCGUUUACUUGGCGGUGGUGGCGUACAUGAUGAAGACGGCCACUGACGGAAAUUCGGCGGCCUCCAGUUACGGCGGACCCUCCUCUCCAGACUUUCUUCCCCUGUUGUCCAUUACCGCACUGGAGCGUCACGUGACCGAUCAGGAUGAAACCAAAGCACGCCAAGCCUUUCGUUUGGAGCAACGCGACGCUCGCUUUGGCCGAAAGUACCGCACUACCCCCGCCAAGGACGGACCAGCCUCCGCGUCGAUUGCCUCGCACGCCGUAUACCACACCGUCGAUCGACACGCACGGGAUCCCCACCCCCGAGCCAUCGGCAAGGAACCACGCGACGCCAUGCGACCAGCCCGAAUGGACGAAUUGUGCGGCUUCUUCGCACAGAACGCUUCCGCAACGCAUCCCGAGCAGUACGUCUUUCGCGACGCCCUCAACGAACAUUCACGUGUCAUCAUUACCGGCAUACUCAACCCGAUUGGCUUCCAUUUGGCCCUGGCACUCGAACAACGCUGCGGCGCCAACGUAAUUACGGGAUUUGACGCCGCCUUUCCCAAUUCCGUCAAGAACCGACUCGCCAUUCAGGACGAGAUUGGUAUUCUCACCUCCAAGGUUACCUCAAUGGAACGUCCCAUUAUUAAUUCCUUCCUCGGUUUGGAUCCCAAAGUUAAGAAUCCCGUCUGGCCUAGUCUGGCCGUCACGGGAGAAUUGGACAUUGCCAAAUGGCGACCAACCCACAUUGUGCAUUUGAGUUCCUACGCACCCGAAGUUUUCCGCAACCAGGAUGCCGAAUGGCGCAACGAUCAAUCGCCGUACGUGCGGGACGACUACGACCCGCGAUUGUACGCACUCCGGAACAAUCUCGUACCGAUGGAACAGCUCAUGGCAACCACGGCCCUCGUGGCCAACAAACCAUUACAACCGCACCUGACCUACGCCUCGUCCAACCUGAUACACCGCAACACGGUAACGAAAUCGCGCGACGACACUUGGCAAGCGCACGUGGCGCUUAUGAAUGAAGUAUUGGCCGAUACCUACUACCAGACACACGGUACCUUUUCGGUGGCCCUGCGACUACCCAACGCCGUGUACGGACCCCGCGGUCACACCGAAUCCGACAUCCACCGCAUGGUGAAUCGGGCCUUGCGCCACGAAACGCACGACGUUAACGCCACGGUGACCUGGACGUCCAACGAUCUCGAUAUGGUGCACAUGGACGACGUCGUGGAUUCCAUUAUUGCAGCCAUGCAAUUCCGCGAAAGCAAACCCGUGGCCUUCGAGAUCACGUCCGGACAAUCAAUACCACGCGAAUCGGUCGAAGAAGCGAUCGAGGGCAUUCUGGCGGGGAAUACCAAGGUGAAACUGGCCAAGUCGGCGCAGCCCGUCGAUGAUCCGGCACGAGAUUUAACAAGGACCUUGUUGGGUUGGAAGCCAAAAGUUUCUCCGGAAAAGGGCUUGGUACGAACGGUGGCGUGGCACAUGGAUAAGGCCACUCCGUACGGACCACCUCCCCAUAAGUCUCGCCGCGGUACGACGGGAGACGAUUUACUCAAGUCUCAUUCCAUUGAUACCUGUCGCGCAGCGGACACGGUUUGCAACUCCAACCGCGAUACACUUCUCUGUGCAUCGGAAUGCAACAUCAAAGAUAAAUGCGUUCCGUCCAUUUUUGACAAGAUUGUCUCGUUGGCGAGGGAGGUUACCGAAGACUGCGAGAUUGUUUUGUACACACAAAUGCUUGGGCGCAACGUUGACGAUAUUCGUUUGCAGGCUCACUAUAACGAGAACGACGAGCCAUCCAUCUGCAAUUUUGCCUUUGUUUCCAGCGGUAGCAACCUAGUAGAUUCGGUAAUCCGCAAGGUGCCGAGCACGGAACUAGUGCGGCUCGGGGUCGUGCCGAAUCCCGAUGAUGCCGACAAACCGGGUGGCACGCGCGCCUUGGAACUUCGCAAACUCAACGGACGCCUCUUGUACCGUGGAUGGAUCUUGCUUUGGGUGGAAGAUGCGCCAUUUCCGCUGCCCAACUCGGACUCGUUUUUAUUGAAACUAGCACCGGGGCGUUUCUUUUCCAGGGACGUGAAGUUUGCCAUGUAUUUGGAUCCCAGCUUUCCAGCCAUGCCGACCGCGGAAGACGUUGGUUUUCUGGUAAGUCAAAUGCACCGCCGUUCGUGGGAACAGCGCACUGUCAAACGAAAAACCCGCCCCAAAGCCAAAUUCCGAUUACCUCCUGAGCCGGAACGAAAAGCAGUUAUGUUGGUUCCACAACUCAAGUAUCAAGCUUCCAAAGAUGACGAACCAUUCUCUUCAGAUACGGUGGUUCCCCUCACGCAAGCAGUCAAGUUCAUGCGCUUUGAAAAGGGAGAGAAUCCGGACUCUGCGGAGUCCGAAAUGCUGCAGAUUUAUCGCGAAUUUUUACUGCGCGUGCAGACGUUUACUAAUCGCGGAGAUUUUUUGAAGUCGCCAAACGAACCGGUUUACUUUUUCGAAAUGCAUCACUGGGCUCGAACGCAAUGGAUCAUGCACGAUCUGCAUUUGGGAGAAGCGAAGGAUCUGCGUUGCGAUUGGUAUCAAGAAACGGUGCAGUGGGAGAUGAAUUUAGACCAACUCUCUUUUGCUCAUGUGAUGGAAAGGCGAGAACUUGAAAGGCGCAUGGCACAUAAAGAAGUUGACGAUAUACAGAUGCGCAUCUAUAACGAGAAACGGGACAUGUUGAGAUUGCUCUCGGACGCACACGAAUGGCAUCCGCUACAGACGGAGCAAAACAAACUGUGUCCAACCAAUUUUGAUUUGGAAGCAAUGCCGUAUGAUAAAUCCCAUUCCAUUGCCCGCCUACCGACGCAAACGUUGCCCCCCGAGCUGGAUCAUGUACCUACUCCCCUUUUCGCUCGCAUCAUUUCGGAUCGGAUCAUGGCGCUCUCGCGAAAAGGCUGGAACAAGGAAAGAAAAGCCCACCGAGCCGCAGCAGCAGCAGCACAUCACCAUGGGAAUAAGAAAAUUUAAUGGAAAAUUUAUCAUACGUGUC